AUGGAUACGACAAUUACGUACACAAAUGAUAUUAUUGGAUUUGUUCAACGAUUGCGAAAACGUUUAUCAAUUGCCGAACAACUAUCAUUUGAAACAACAUCUCCAUAUACAAAAUUAAAAGCUUUAUGUCCAACCAGAUGGACAGUUAAAGUUGGAUCAAUGUAUUCACUAUUGAAAAAUUAUGAAGUAAUUAAAGAUGUAUUAGACACAGUUAUUGAUGAAAACGAUAAAUCAGGAACAACUACUAAUGGUUAUUUACAGCAAAUGAAUCAAUUCCAAUAUUACUUUGGUUUAAAACUUGGAAAUUUGAUAUUUAGUGCCACAGAACAAGUAUCAUGUACAAUUCAACGUGUUGACAAUUGUCUUCAAGAUGUUCUAUACUCUGUUGAAACAGUUUUAAAAUAUUUUGAACGUAUUAGAAAUGGUGAACAAUUUAAUCAAUUCUAUAAACAAGUAAUAAAAGAAGCUAAACAAUUAGUAAAUGAACCAAAAUUGCCAAGACAACGACGUGCACCAAAACGUUAUGAUGAAGGUUCAAAUCCUCAUACCUUUAAUUCAUCUGAAGAUUAUUUUCGUAAUGAAUACUUUGAACCAAUUGAUAUAAUUAUAAACACACUUCAAAAACGCUUUAAACAAUCAACAUUUAGUUUACUUUGUAAAGUUGAACAAUUUCUUAUUCAAGUUUCAAAUUCAACAUAUGACACUAAACAAAAUAAAGACGAUUUGGAUAAUAUUCAUGAUUUUCUUGAAAAUGAUAUUGUUAUUGAUCAUUUGAAAAUAGAGUGCUUAAUGAUUAAUGAUUAUUUUAAAUUGAUUAUUAAUCAAAAACAAUGGGGUACUAAAAAAAUUACAAAAAUAUCAACUAUUUGUGAUUUAAUGAACGAAGUUGUUGGAAAAAAUAUGUUUCAUGAAUUCGAUAAAUUAAUUCGUUUAUACUUAACAACAGCAAGCGCAGAACGCGCAUUUAGUACUUUGAACAGAUUAAAAAAUUCAAUACGAUCAACUAUGCAUCAAGAACAUUUAAACUACUGUUUAAUUGCGCGCAUAUAUAAAGAAAAAAUAGAUGGAAUUGAUCAUAUUGAUAUUUGUACAAUAUUUAUACAAUCUAAUGAACGAAGACAAGCGUAUUUUGGUUCAUUUGCUGAAUUAUUACAAUAG